ACUGCAAGAUGUCCAACAAGAAACUAGCUGAAAAGUUUUUGAAAUGCAUUGGACUAGAGAGAGGAGCUGAUAUUGAUCAAACCUCACUACUUUUAAACACUUUGCCUCCAAAGAAAUUAGCAGCUAAAGGUCUUGCAAUCAUCAAUUUAACAUCAGAGAAUAUCAAAACAGGUCUCGGUGGUCGUACAAUUUUAGAGUUGAAAAACGAUCUAGGAGGUCAUGAAUCAGAGUCAAUUGUUGCUGGUGAUAUAAGGACUGGUGAUAUAGUGAGAAUUGACAAGACAGCUUCAUCAACAAAGAAGAAACCGAAAACUGAGGAAACAGACACUGCUUGUGAAGGUGUCGUUACUAGAGUAUCACAAACUUCAAUUGUUAUAACUAUUGAUGAAAAUUUUGAAGAAAAGAUAUUAAACAUUGCCAAUGAUAAACUAUGGAUUGUCAAAAUAUCAAAUUCAAUAACUUAUAAAAGAAUGGAGUCCACAAUGAGGAAACUUUCAGAAAUUGAAUCAAUACCUAAUGAACUAAUUCAAAUUUUACUUAAUGAAGCUAAAUAUAUCCCACCACAAGAAUCACAACUAAAACAAUCAUUCAGCUCAUUGAACUUUUUUGAUGAAAAUUUAAAUCAGUCACAGCAAAAUGCAAUCAAUUUCGCAAUCAACAGUCCGAUUAGUAUUAUCCAUGGACCUCCGGGAACUGGUAAAACAUAUACAUUGAUUGAAUUAAUAAGACAACUAGUUCAAAAAGGUCAAAGAGUUUUAGUUUGUGGCCCUUCAAACAUUUCAGCUGAUACUAUAUUGGAGAGAUUAAAUGGGAAAUUACCAGGUGAUCAAUUGUUAAGAAUAGGUCAUCCUGCUAGAUUAUUAAGUUCAAAUUUACAACAUUGUUUAGAUAUAGUCAGUACAACAAGUGAUGGUGGUCAAUUAGUUAAUGAUAUUAAGAAGGAAAUUGAUGAUACCAUCAAAAAGAUCAAGAAAACUAAAAGUUAUAGAGAGAAAAAGGCAAUUUGGCAAGACGUUAAAGAGUUGAGAAAGGAGUUAAGAAUCAGAGAGAAAAAAGUUACACAUGAAGUUAUUAAACAAGCAAAAGUUGUUGUGGCAACUUUACAUGGUUCAAGUUCAAGAGAUUUAUUAUCAAUUUACAAUUCACAACCUGGAUUAAAACUUUUCGAUACAAUUAUAAUUGAUGAAGUUUCUCAAUCAUUAGAACCACAAUGUUGGAUACCUAUAAUAAAUCAUUUACAAUCGGAUGUUAAGAAAUUGGUUCUAGCUGGGGAUAAUCAACAAUUACCACCAACUAUUAAAUUAGAUAAUAACGACAAUGUCAAAGAUAUUUUGGCAACAACAUUAUUUGAUAGACUUGUUUCAAAUUAUGGUGAUUCUUUUAAGAAAUUAUUAGAUACUCAAUAUAGAAUGAAUAAAUCAAUAAUGGAGUUUUCAUCUCAAAAACUUUACAAUGGUGAACUGAAAGCUGAUGAUUCUGUGGCAAAUAUCUUAUUACCAGACCUAACAAAUGUUGAACAGAAUGAUUAUACAGAAUUCCCAGUUAUUUGGUAUGAUACACAAGGUGAUUUUCCCGAGAAGGAUAGUGCAGAUGAUGAUGAAUUAGUUUCAUCAAAGUACAAUGAUAUGGAGGCAUAUGUUGUACAUCUUCACAUCAAGAGAUUGAUCGAGUCAGGGGUUCAACAAGCACAUAUUGGUGUGAUUGCACCUUAUAAUGCCCAAGUUUCUUUUUUGAAGAAAUUGUUACAUGGUGAUCAUCCUCAAAUUGAGAUUUCCACUGUUGAUGGGUUUCAAGGACGUGAAAAAGAAGUUAUUAUUUUAUCAUUAGUUAGAAGUAAUGAUACGAGAUCAGUUGGGUUUCUAGCAGAGGAGAGGAGAUUGAAUGUUGCCAUAACAAGACCAAAGAGACAAUUAUGUAUUGUUGGUGAUAUGGAAACAAUCACUCAAGGUAGUAAAUUUUUACAUGACUGGGUUGAAUGGAAUGAAACUAAUGCAGAAUUGAUCUAUCCUGACCCUGAUGAUAUAUUAUAAUAAAA